GGCCGCGCCGCGCGCUCCCGCCGCCCCUCCCGGGCGAGCUCCACCCAGGUCGCUAGCCGAGCUGUCGGCAGCGGCUGUUUCCCGCCAUUGUGCGAAGUGGAGGCUGGGGCCCGCGCGCCUGGACCGCGGGUCGCCUGUAGCUCUUUGGUGUUCACCGCCGCAGCAGCUGCUCCCAGAGGCGCGGGGAGGUCGGGCGGCCGGCGCUCCGCUGUGCGUGGGAGGGCGCGGGCGAGGAGCGGCCGAGCCCCUGAGGAGGAGCCGGCCGCGCUCGGCCGUGGAGAGCCGCCACCCGGGCCUCGGCGAGAUGCCCUGCGGGGAGGACUGGCUCAGCCACCCGCUCGGGAUCGUGCAGGGCUUCUUCGCCCAAAAUGGAGUUAAUCCUGACUGGGAGAAGAAAGUUAUUGACUAUUUUAAGGAAAAGCUGAAGGAAAACAAUGCUCCUAAAUGGGUACCGUCACUGAAUGAAGUUCCCCUUCAUUAUUUGAAACCUAACAGCUUUGUGAAAUUUCGUUGCAUGAUUCAGGAUAUGUUUGACCCUGAGUUUUACAUGGGAGUUUAUGAAACGGUUAACCAAAACACAAAAGCCCGUGUUCUUCAUUUUGGAAAAUACAGAGAUAUAGCAGAGUGUGGGCCUCAACAAGAACUUGAUUUAAACUCUCCACGAUCUACCACUUUGGAAAGGCAGACUUUCUACUGUGUUCCAGUGCCUGGGGAAUCUACAUGGGUAAAAGAAGCCUAUGUUAAUGCAAACCAAGCUCGAGUCAGUCCCUCGACAUCCUACACUCCCAGUCGUCAUAAGAGGAGUUACGAAGAUGACGAAGAUAUGGACCUACAGCCCCAUAAACAGAAAGACCAACACACAGGUGCCAGACAAGCAGGGAGCGUCAGUGGUCUUCAGUGGUGUGGAGAGCCAAAACGUUUAGAAACUGAAGCUUCCACAGGGCAACAGCUGAACUCCCUGAACCUCUCUUCUCCUUUUGAUCUGAAUUUUCCACUGCCUGGUGAGAAGGGCCCUGCCUGUCUUGUAAAGGUCUAUGAAGACUGGGACUGUUUCAAAGUAAAUGACGUUCUUGAGUUAUAUGGCAUACUGUCUGUGGAUCCUGUGCUCAGUACACUGAAUAAUGAGGAGAGGGACACCCCGGCACUGCUGGACCCCAUGGAGUGCGCAGACUCGGCAGAGGAGCAGAGGGUGCACAGUCCUCCUGCCUCAUUAGUGCCAAGAAUUCAUGUGGUCUUGGCCCAGAAGUUGCAGCACAUCAAUCCGCUGUUACCUGCCUGCCUUAACAAAGAGGAGAGCAGAACCUGUAAGUUUGUGUCAAGUUUCAUGUCUGAACUGUCUCCAGUCAGAGCAGAACUGCUGGGAUUCCUCACUCAUGCUCUUUUGGGAGACAGUUUAGCUGCCGAGUACCUUAUAUUACAUCUCAUCUCCACAGUGUAUACAAGAAGAGAUGUUCUUCCACUAGGAAAAUUUACAAUGAACCUGAGUGGUUGCCCACGGAAUAGUACCUUCACAGAACACUUAUAUCGUAUUAUUCAACAUCUUGUUCCAGCAUCUUUUCGCCUACAGAUGACUAUAGAGAACAUGAACCAUUUGAAAUUCAUUCCCCAUAAAGACUAUACAGCCAACCGCCUGGUCAGUGGACUCCUCCAGCUGCCCAACAACACUUCACUCGUCAUUGAUGAAACCCUGCUGGAGCAAGGGCAGCUGGACAGCCCAGGUGUGCAUAAUGUGACUGCCCUGAGCAACCUGAUAACCUGGCAGAAGGUGGAUUAUGACUUCAGCUAUCACCAGAUGGAAUUCCCCUGCAGUAUCAAUGUCCUUAUCACCUCAGAGGGGCGCUCCCUCCUCCCGGCAGACUGCCAGAUCCACUUACAGCCCCAGCUAAUUCCACCCAACAUGGAGGAGUACAUGAACAGCCUUCUAUCCACAGUGCUGCCUUCCGUACUGAACAAAUUCCGCAUCUACCUGACUCUUUUGAGAUUCCUGGAUUACAGCAUAUCUGAUGAAAUAACGAAGGCUGUUGAAGAUGAUUUUGUGGAGAUGCGCAAGAACGACCCCCAGAGCAUCACUGCUGAUGAUCUCCACCAGUUGCUUGUGGUAGCUCGGUUUCUUUCUCUCAGUGCUGGUCAGACAACACUGUCACGAGAACGAUGGCUGAGAGCCAAGCAGCUAGAGUCACUAAGAAGAAACAGGCUUCAGCAGCAGAAAUGUGUGAAUGGAAAUGAACUUUAGAGUUCCGGUAACCAUGAAGAUUGAUUGGCAGAUGGUAGCCACAUUACUGUAAAAUUCAAAUGUCAUUUGUACCACAUUGUUUUAUAGAUAAUUUGUAUCAGAAACCAAUGACUUUUCCUGAAGUCAGGCCUGGUAACAUCUAAAGUUUAUAUGAUACCUCAGUAAGGGCUUUUACCUUACUGAUUUUAUGGAGCUUUUGAAGUUUGUUUUAUAAUUAUAUAAAUCAGUUACAAUGUACAAAAAUGUAUUUGAUAUUAAAGUUUCAUAAUGAUGAUGUUGCUGAUUAUACCAUUUCCUUAGCUGCAGCAAAGUCAUAGGCCAGACUGUUGAAAUGCUGUUAACUUCAUUUGAAGAAAACUGUUGCAAUUUCAAAGCCGAAGGAAGUUUG